ACUUCUUUUUCCCUUUCCUCUUUAUCCCUCUUCUACUUACCUUAUAUUGAUUUUUAUUAUUUUUCUUCUCUCCCCACCCAUACCUGUACAAUUCCUUCAGUGAUCUGCUUUGUUAUAAUCAGAAAUGACUGAUGAAAGUAGCAUUAAUAUAUUUAGGUCAAACAAUUUUACAGAACCAAUCAAUUGGCCGAUUGAGUAAACCUAUCAAGAAUGAACCUAUAACGACUACUGGAAACAGUUAUGUCAUCAGAAAAAGGUAUUUAAAAUUCAUUAGAAUGACAGAUAUAUUGAACUUUCAAAGAGGUCAAAUUGUUGGUGCUUGUAUCGUAGGUGCUAGCAUAACGAAAACAACCGAAAUGUGUGGUGUAUCAAGAAGUACUGUCUCGAAAGUAAUAACAGCUUUUGAGAAAGAGGAAAAGAUCUCCUCAUUGAAACAAAACUCCGGAAGAAAACCAAAACUUUCAGAUAUGGACCGUCAGACUCUCAUGCGAAUUGUUACAAAGGAUCACAAAAGUACAGCUCCCAAGCUUAAUGACCAUCUUGAGAACCCAGUUUCCACAAAAGCUGUUCGCUGGGUGCUGCACAAAGCUAGAUUUCAUGGGUGGGCUGCAAUCAGAAAACCACUCCUUGCAAAAACAAACAUUGCAAAGUGUUUAGAGUGGAGUAAAAACCUAUAGAAUUGGUCCCUAGAGAAGUGGAAGAAUGUUAUUUUCUCGGACAAGUCAU